UCUCCUGCAUCGGCAGCAACAUAUUAUAAUACGUAUAUACAUACAUAUAUAUACAUAUAUUAAUAUAUAAAGUGGUGUAACGUAUAAAUUAUAUUGUAUAUUUUAUAAAUAUAAUUCCCUGCUGCCGCGGCACCCUGAUUGCUUUCGCCGCGCGCGGGACGACGUCGCUAUAAGGUAUAUACACGGGCAAUCUAACGCGUAGGUAGAACCUGCGGUGGCUAUAUCGAUAUAUGUAUAUAUACAUGUACAGUGGUGGCUGUUAAAGUAUCGGCUCGGUUUGCUGGGAUACCGCGUGGUGUGCGCGCGCUUCCGCGGCCGCCCACUCCAGCGACGGGACGACGACAGGCAAGUCAAGUAGCAGCAGGAGCCGCCAGACAGACGCUCCAGCGCGCCGCGAGUCUGGAUCCGUGCACCAAGAGAGAGUUGGGCCUCCUCCCCCCCCCCUCAUUGCCGGGUCGUGGUGUGCCGUUACCGUCGAGCCGUACAGCACCGCCACCAACGCCGUCGGAACGUCAUCCAGCCGCGGGACCCCUGAUUGAGUGGGAUUAGUAGCGCGCCAGUCGACACUACGAUCUCGCGCUGCGGCCACCACCAGCGGUGUACAAUCUAACGUCACAUUUUUACGAUACAUACGUAACAACCAUCGGAAGCAGUUCCGCAUCGCUCGCUCUCCCGUCUACGUUGAUACGUAUACCAGCUCGACGAUCACACCUCAGCGACGGCUAUGAUUCAGAGAGGCGGUCGAUCGUCGAGGAGCAAUCAUCACGGCGUAACCAAGGUCUCGGUGUUUUCCCGCAGUUAGAGAGAGAGAGAGAGAGAGAUAGAGGGUCCCGGGACGGACGGACACUUGGAGCGCUCGACUCGUCCCAAGCGGCAAAAACCUCGUACUCCUCCACCCAUCGAGAGAGCAAGACUCGGGCCAAUGGCGACAAUGGGCCUGCGCCGACGCGUCCCACCGGUGCCUUCCACCUCCUCGGGCAAGCGCGGCCGCUCCGACAACAACAACAGCCCGUCCCAGGGCAACCUCAACAAGAGCUCCCCGGAGCCCCCGGCCCCGAAAAAGACACGCUCGUCCAGCCGGCCCCAAGCCAACAAGUCCCUCAAGGAACUCGACCUCAAGAAGAUGGCCAGCGCCGGGCCCCCGCUCUGGUCGGACCCCCGGCCUUACGCCUCCAUCGCCGGCCUGUCCAUCGAAGCUCAACGCGCCCUAUGCGCCGAGGGCCUCGCCUCCCCCAUGUACAUGAGCCCGGCCAUGGCGACCUUCGUAGGAGCGGCCGCCGCGGGCCUCGGCAAGGUCGCCCCCAACGCCGUCUCCACCUACCUCGACAUAUCGAACAUGACGAGCGCUGCCGCAGUCGCCGCCGCCGGGCGCUGGCCUGCCUCGGCGACCACUGCCACCAGCUCGACCCCGGCCGACGAGCCCGUCGGCAGCAAGGGCCCACCCUCGGAGGGCGGCCUGCCCGCUACCUUCCCCGACGACGGUAUGUUCGGGGCUUACCAGCCGUGGGUGAUCAAGACGUACGGGGACCUGGCCAAGACCAAGACAAUCACGAUCAAAAAGUACGGGCGGAUAUUGCGCACUUUGCGGGGCGAGGAGGCCAACAGCGCCGAGAACAGCAAGUUUCGGUUUUGGGUGAAGAGCAAGGGAUUCCACAUCGGCCAGCCCGAGGGAUACGAGCCCAAACCCGCCGACAGGAUUGUCGGCCGCCACGCCGUCACCGCCCCCGGGCUCGACCCCCCGCUCUACGUCCCGACGCAGCCGCCCCACAACAAGGUCAGUACAUACAUAAUAUCUAUACGUAACUUUUUUUUUUUUCCUCCCUCGACUAUAUACAACACUGUUUUCAUUGCGGACGAUAUUAUUAUUAUUAUUACAUAGAGUCGCGGCAAUUAGCGUAUGCACAAAUUGUAAAUAGAACG